GUGUAAAGUUUACUUUCUCUUUCAGAUUUUUUUAACAGCAUAUAUAUCCACGUAAAAAUGAGGUAGUUGUAUUUACUUUGUCAUGCUGUAAAGGUUUGUUACACUGGAGCAAUCAUGGAGGAAAGCUUCCCUUUCAAGUACUCUUUAUUGGAAUACCUGUUUACAUUGGUGGGAUUGUUACUUUUCCUGCUGGAUAUAGCACUGGACAUUUGGACUGUUGUGUUAUUUUAUCAGGAAGGGGCAUAUGUGUAUAUGGCGGUGAUGAUUUUUCUGCUGCUGGGCUCUUCAGUAUUGUUACAGGUGUUCAGCUGGGUCUGGUACUCAGAUUCCCCGGAGACUAAGCUUGAGACUAAGGUGGAGGAAUUUGCUAACAGGCAUAUAUUGAUCAAACCCCUCCACUUCCUUCAGCUUGGAGUCUACCUCAGGUAUGCUGGAGUGAUAGAGAUUUCCACAACACGUUUCCUUAAAAAAUCUAAUAGUUUCACAGAGGGUGUGGCUGUGUACCUGAACCAUGACCUUCAGAUGCUUCGUCUAUUUGAGGCAUUUUCUGAAAGUGCCCCACAACUCAUACUUAUGAUGUGUAGAAUCUUACAGAGAGGAGAGCUGGAGCUUAUUACAGGUUUAAAAAUCCUCUCAUCAGCUGCUGCAAUAGCCUUUACCGUAGCCUUGUACCACCGCAGCAUGCGUUCCUUUCUUCAAGAAAAACGCAAGAUGAGCUGGAUCUCCACUGGCGUCUACUUUCUGUGGAACUUGUUGCUGAUCAUUCCCCGUGUAACCGCUCUGGCACUCUUUUGCAGUGUAUUGCCAUGCUACAUCAUAGCCCAUUUCCUGUCUUUGUGGAUGCUGCUGGUUUUAGGGGUCUGGAGCCAAAAAACAGAUCACAUGGAAAGUCCUGGUUGGGAGUGGCUCUACAGAGCUACUGUUGGACUCAUCUGGUACUUCAGCUGGUUUAACGUAUCAACAGGAAAUAUUAAAUUAAAGACUAUUCUCUAUUACAGUGUCAUGGGGUUGGACACAAUGAUGCUGCUGGGGUUCUGGUGCUGGAAGGUGUUUGAGUAUACAGGCUGUUGGAGCUCCUUAAAUCCUUACAUAGUGAUCCCGACACUACUAGGUUUGCACGUUGUUGGAAUUCUAUUGAAAAUGAUAUACUACAGGUGGUUUCAUCCUAACUGUGAUGAACAGAAAAUAGCUAAACUCAUUGAACAACAGAAUAUACGACAAGCUGCAGCGUUUUAUAACAUGGUGACUGACUCCCUGGAAUCUUCAUCUGACGCUGUGGAUGCAACUCUUGCUCUACCUGUCACUGGUGUUCUGAAGAGGGGGAGGAACAUGGCUGCUAAUUUCUACUAGUUCUUGGUUCAACUUUUCUAAGAAUAAAUUAUUAAAUGCCUAAUUUAAGUUUUAUUUAUAACAUAAGUAUUUAUACACAGACUACCUUGUUUUGUAAAAAAAAAAAAAAAAUUGCCAAAACUUUUAU